AUGUCGAAGGCUAUAGCGGCUCAUGAUGUCGCCGCCACAGAUGUCGCAAAGGUGUCUGAAAUCGCCCACCUGAUUGAACAAGAUACAGUGCCAUGGUACAAGAAGAAGAAUCUCCGACAGUUGUAUUUGUGCCUGGUGCCUGCGGCGCUCGGUGUCGAGAUGACUUCAGGCUACGAUGGGAGCGUUCUCAAUGGCCUCCAAGCCGUUCAACACUGGCAAGACUAUUUCGGCAGUCCUAGCGGGGCUCUUCUUGGGGUCUUGACGGCAGCCUUUUCCAUCGGUGCGGCGUGUGCGGUGCCAUUGGUGCCAUAUAUCAACGACCGAUUCGGCCGCAGGAUUUGCAUCAUUGUCGGUAGUGUGAUCAUCACUAUUGGGGCCAUCUUGCAAACUGCAUCAGUCAACAUCGCUAUGUUCAUUGUUGCCAGGAUAAUUCUCGGAAUGGGCAUUGUAUACGCGAUCAGCGGAGCAUCCCAGCUGAUCGCCGAACUGGCAUAUCCCAAAGAACGAUCUGUCAUUGUCGGACUGUUCAAUGAGAGCUGGUACGCAGGUGCAAUCCUGGCAGCAGGUAUCACUCUCGGAACGUACUCUUGGGACAGCAACUGGGCAUGGCGCCUGCCCUCACUCCUACAGCUCCUGCCUUCGACGUUACAGCUCACCUUCAUCUGGUUCAUUCCCGAAUCACCGCGUUUCUUGGUAUCAAGAGAUCGCCACGAGGAAGCGCUGGAGAUCCUGAUCAAGUACCAUGCCGAGGGUGAUCGAGAGAAUGCAUUCGUCGCAGCGGAAUACCAACAGAUCCGCGAAACCAUCCGCAUGGAGCUCGAGGGAACCAAAACUCCGUGGAAGGAGCUCGUCACCUCCCGCGUCAACCGACGUCGUGUCUUCAUCGCGGCCUGCGUAGGGUUGUUCUCCCAGUGGUCCGGAAACGGCCUUGUCAGCUACUAUCUCAGCAGAGUUCUGGCGACUGUCGGCAUCACCGCGAAGCGAACUCAAAACGAGAUCAAUCUCGGUCUGUCGUGCUGGAACCUGAUCACUGGCAUCACCGGCGCACUACUUGCCCAUAUCCUUCCGCGACGACGCCAGUAUCUGACAUCUUACAUCGGCAUGACGGUCAUGUUCGCGUGCUGGACGGCAGCCUCAGCCACCUACGCGAAAGACCAUACCAACCACCACGCGGCGAUUGCGGUUGUCGCACUUAUCUUCAUCUACUAUUCUUUCUAUAACUUGAUGAUGCCUUUGACAUAUAUCUUUAUAUGCGAGGUAUUCCCCUUCAUCCACCGAAGCAAGGGCGUGGCCAUCACGCAAUUCUUCUCCCGGGGCGGCAGCUCGUUCAACCAAUUCGUCAACCCAAUCGGCCUCGAAGACAUUGAGUGGAAAUACUACCUCGUGUAUGUGGUAUGGCUCGCGAUCGAGACCACGACAAUCUUCUUCGUCUACCCGGAAACGAAGGGGCCAAGUUUGGAAGAGGUUGCUGUUGUCAUGGAGGGCGACAAAGCCAAGGUUGAGGUGAUCGAGGUCGGCGCAUCCGCCGGGAAAGGCGGUCUCGGCGUGCACGAGGUUGAGAAGGCUUGA